AUGGGCCUGCCGGGCCUCGUGGGCCAGUACCAGCCGCAAGUCAUUAGCCAGGCCGCCAAGUCCAUGUACAUGAUGGGCUGGCAGCUGACCUUUGUGUCGUCGGCCGCUGUCGUAAUCCCUCUGGGCUACGACGGCAUUGUUCCCAACACGCGGGAGUUCUUGGCCAAGGAGGGUCGCGAGGGCUUUCUGGAUAGGGAGCGAGAGAUGGCUAGUGUUGCCGGGUCGGACGAGCUCAUCUCGCCGCGCACUCUCGCGGCGACUGACGAAAAGCAAGUUGGAAAUGUGGAAAAGGCAUUGAGGGUGUAAGAGAUAAUAUCAAAC